AUGGUUCGCCUUUCCUCAAUCUUUGGACUUGCGGUUGCUGCUAUCGCCAGCGUCGGCGCAAUCCCGACUGUGGAGACUCGUGCUGAAGGCGAAGUCCAUGCAGACAACCUGCUGGGCGAGAUCAUCAAUGCUCUAGGAGUCGGGUUUGUUACUGGUGUCAAUGCGACGAUCACCCUCGACACGUUGACUACCAACCUGCUUUCAAUCAACUUCACCGCCCACAACCCGCUCAUCUUUGAACUCACGAUCGACCGCGUCAACUCGACUGCUGGAAUCAACGGGACCACCUACACCGUAUUUGACCACACCUUCCCCAAGGGCUUCGUUCUCCCCAUCCUUGGCUCUGCAAACUCUGGCUCUAUUCCCAAUGUCCUCCUCACGAAAGGCGCCAUCGCCUCGCUCGACAUCAUCCCCCUCGGCUACCUCGAUUUGCUUAACGUCGAUAUCUGGGUCCGUGCAUUGACCAUCAACGGAAAACUCGGUAUUCCACUCACUAUCACUGGCUUGCGCCAGAAGAACGUGCCUGCUGCGUAUAGUCUUGCUCUAUAA